UCGACUUAUAGAUAGAAUAGCGUGUUUUUUUUAACGAUUUUGUCUUAUUUUCUUGGAGAAAAUGCCUCCCGGUGGCCAUAUGACCUCAGAUAGUGACAUAGAAAGCGUCCUAUCUAUGCAGGUGGAAAAUUCAAAGCCCAGACGUAACAGCACCGGUGAGAAAUAUUUUUGUUCCGUUGAGGGUUGCAAGCAGAGCUUCAAGCGGCUGGAUCAUUUGGACAGGCAUGAAUAUAAACACACCGGUAUAAAAAAGCACGCCUGCCACUUUGAAGGAUGCGAAAAAAUCUAUUCAAUUCUUACUCAUUUAAAACGUCAUAUUCGGACAACGCACGAAAGGAAUAAAGAUGUGUCGAAUAAAACGGUACCUUGUGAAGUCGAUACAUGUGACAAGAUGUUUACAAGCCUCACCAACAUGCAUCGCCAUAUACGAGAAGUUCAUGAGAAUCCCAAGGUCUAUAAAUGCCAGUUUUGCGAAGAAAAAUUUAGUCAGAAACUAAAAAUGCGUCGCCAUGAAAUUAGUAAGCAUACCAAAACAUUUCCGCAUACUUGUGAAAAGUGUUCGAAAGGUUUCUAUCAGGAAUGGCAGUGGCGGAAGCACAUUGAAGCCUGCAAGGUUUAUCCUUGUUUGGUUUGUCACAAAAAAUUCGACAAAUGGACAUUAUUUUUAAAACACGGCAAGGAAUCUCAGCAUGGUAGCAAAUAUUAUAAAUGUGAAUUCUGUGAGAGUGCUUAUGUUAAGCCCAGUGAUCUGCAAAAACAUGUGGCAGCUAAACAUUUUUCGGAAGGUGACAAGUCGGGCGAAUACAAAUGUCCUCACGAAGAAUGUGGACGUUCUUAUGCAUAUGAGAGAAAUUUGAGGCAGCAUAUUACAACAGCACAUGAGGGAAAGAAAUAUGAGUGCACUGAAACUGAUUGCGAUAAAGAAUUUAGCUCUUUGCAAAAUCUACAAAAACAUAUAAAAAGAGAUCAUGCUCCGGGGGCAAGGAAGCCACCAAUAACCAAAAAGAAAGAUACCAAAACGUUGAAGCGUAAAAAACGAAAAGAUGCUGGAAUAUCAAAAGUUUCGAAUUUGGCCAAGCUAUCUGGUCUAGCAGUGGACCCUAUUACAAAUAAGAAAUUAAAGAAGAGGGAUGUGAAAACUUUAGAAAUAAUAGCUGAGCAAAUAUCUCAAGAGCAUCAAAUGGAAGAUACACUUUCUGAAUGCGAUAACUCCUUCAAUGAAGCAAAAGAAAAGGAAAAUGCUUUGGAGAAGAAUAACAGCAUUGGUAAGGACUUGAACCAUAGUAACACCUUGACGAAACUUAAUGAAAAAGAAAAUCAAAUAGUUGAAAAAGAGAAUAUUGAUAAGCCUUGUGAACAAGCUUCUAAUGUGGAGCAAAAUGAUUGUGUAACCCAAUUGACAAAUGAAACGAAAGUCAUAAACGAAGAUAAUAACCAGUUGGAGAAUUUGGUUGAAGCUGCUUUAAUGGAAGUCCUCUUUUGAGGAUAUAUAAGACGAUUAAUAUGUACAUAUAGGCCAUAUACUGGAGGUAAUUGCUUUACUAUUUAAGCUAUAAACAUCACUGUCAAUGCAACAGGUAAACCUAUUAUAAAUAUAGUAAUAUUCCAAGUACCUUAUUAAGUAAUGUUUUUGUCCAAUAAAAAAGGUUGGUCAUAUCAAACAUAUUAGAAAGUA